AUGCAAACUGAAAUUGAUCGGCAGCUCAAGCAGCAUGUGGCGCCAGGGUACGGCGGAAUUUCGCAAGAAAUGUGGAUAGCUGCCCCAGCGGUGAUUAGAAACCGAGAACGUAGGGUGAUUGAACUUAUUCUUCGCACAGGAAAAGCACCUCCGACCCUUCGCCGGAAACAAAUGAUCUUCCUCCCGAAGGCUGCUACAGUCGAUCCUACACUCAAUAAUACGAAAGGCUUGCCGCUAUGGCGUCCGAUCACGGUACAAUCUGCGUUGAAAAGUCGACUAUUCCUGGUGGUCAAACGCUAUGUAGAACCAGGGAUACCGAUCAGCAAGAUGCAGCACGGUUUCCAGCGAGACCGUACCGUAAUUGAUGCAGCGCUACUGGUUACGCUCUUACUGGAGUGA